CGCCGCCGUCCUUGGCUGCUCCUGGCCAGCCGCGAGGGAGCCCCUAGCUGAGCAGCGCCGGAGCCUGUUGGCGCUCGGCGAGGGGGGCCGUCGGGGCGGCCGGCGAAUUUGCCGGCCGGCGAUGCAGUUGCUGCCCGCGCCCCACGGGGAGGCCCGGCCUCUGCCUCCGCCAUGCCGGUCAAGCUCAAGAACCGUUACAACCUGGUGGACGACGCGGGCGACUCGCGGGUGCCGCUGCACAACGAGGAAGCCUUCCAGCACGGCAUCCACUUCCAGGCCAAGUACAUCGGAAGCUUGGACGUGCCAAGACCUAACAGCCGUGUGGAGAUUGUCGCAGCAAUGAGAAGGAUCCGGUAUGAAUUCAAAGCCAAGAAUAUCAAGAAGAAGAAAGUGAGCAUUAUCGUCUCUGUAGAUGGUGUGAAAGUGAUCCUGCGUAAGAAGCAGAAGGUGGGCCUCUGCUCAGCUGCCUCGGUGUGCAAAAGAAGAGAAACUUCUCAUUCAAGAAGGAAGGAAUGGACCUGGGAUGAGGGCAAGAUGCUGGUGAUGCACGACCCGGUUUACAGAAUCUUCUAUGUAUCACACGACUCCCAGGACCUAAAGAUAUUCAGCUACAUUGCCAGGGAUGGCACCAAUAAUUCCUUCCGAUGCAACGUUUUCAAAUCUAAGAAGAAGACUCAGGCCAUGCGUGUGGUGCGGACAGUGGGCCAAGCCUUUGAGGUGUGUCAUAAACUGAGCCUACAGCAUGCGCUCCAGAAUGCGGACGGGCAAGCUGAUGGUGCCAGCAACAAUUCAGUAGAAGAUCCACAGUUGGAAGGUUUCCAGCUGGAAGGGCCUCCAAUGGCUGACAGAGAAAACAUCUCUGCUGACUCCGAGGGACUGACUGACUGCGGGGCCUGUGAGCUUCCCUCAUCCAUGCCGGAUCUGGGAGUGCUGAAACCUGGGCAGAGCCUGAAGGAAAGGAAUAUCCAGGAGAGCGAGAGCCGCACUCACCACCCCUCUGCUUCGCAGUCACUGGUGAGCCCCACCAGCCCCUGUUCCUCUGCCUCAGUCACCCCACUUGCUUCCCAGCACUGCCUGCAGCUCCUCCAGCACCAGCUCCUCCAGCAGCAGCAACAGACCCAGGUGGCAGCUGCUCAGGUGCAGUUGCUGAAAGACCAGUUGUCGGCCGAGACCACAGCCCGCAUCGAGGCUCAGGCCCGUGUCCGCCAGCUGCUCCUGACCAACCGGGACCUGCUGCAGCACGUCUCCUUGCUGGUGAAGCAGCUCAAGGAACUGGAAAUCAAGGUGCAGCUGCGGCACCCAGUUGACCGCUCACUGCAGAACUUGACUUCGGCCCAGUCACUCUCGCUCAAUUUGAAGAACCACUACAGCCUAGAAAUCAACCUGCCCUCCACCUCAACUCCUGCCAGCGUCCUGGGCAGCCCUGUGACGCGGUCGAGCAUCUGUGAAUCCUACCUGAACCUCGCCAGCCUGGAGAAGGGCAGCGGGCUGCCCAACAACACUGAGAGCGAGGAACACCUUGUGGUUCUAGAGGGUCCGGAUGGCCUCCGCAGCGUUGAGGGCUCGGAGGCCACUGACUGUAGUGUGCUCAACGGGACCGGACAACAGAAGUGCAAUGGCUCAAGCUUUCCAGCACAAGAGGAAAGGUUGCAGCCAUUCAUCCCCAAGCUGAACCCCCCACCACCCACUCUGAGGAGGAGGUCUAGCAAAACCACCUCUCCCAGCCUGGAAGCAGAGACCCUGCCCCUCAACUCCAUGGCCAAUCCUGGAACCUCCUCAUUCGCCAGCAUCGCCAUCUUCUCCCUCUCUAACUUCGAGCCCGAGUCCAGGACACAGGGAGGACGCACUGGUGGCUGUGUCGAAAACCGGGGGCAUCUGAACCAGGGCAUGGCCAAGGAGGACAGAUGCAUACUGCUGGCAAAGGGCAUUUUAGGCCAAGUGGAUAAGGGCUCCCUUAGGGACUUGGACAGCACUCUGGACAGCACACGGCCCUUCUCCUUAGCCGGCAACGAGACGUGCUUGCACAUCAGCCUCUCAGAGGAAGAGCUGGACAAUGUUGGGGCUUGUAUCGCUCGUGCAUAAAGAUACUUUAGGGAUCACCAUUCACUGGGCCCGGUGGCCAGACCUGGAUAGCGGGAGGGGGGUAGAAAUGCCACAGGAGGCCCUGCAGCCCCAGGUGAGGUCCUGGAGGAAGUCACAGCUGGAUGCCGGUGGCUCUGGAAAGCCAACAGUGGGAGAGUUUCAACCGAAGGCAAUUGGGAGAUUUUAAAGUCUCCCCCAAGGCAGUCUUCUAAACAAGCAAAUGUCUUCCAUGGACACUGGAGAAUUUCCAGCACCCAGCAUGUGAGAGCCUGGCCAUUACCUUGGUGGAGUACCCACCUGAGAAUCCAUGUAUGAUAAAUACCGCUGAGCUAGUGCAGGGAUUCCCAACACCCCACAAGGGACCUCAGCACCAUUUGCUGAACACUAGACUGUGCUUGGGAUUGUCCUCGCACCUAGGAAAGGCCGUGGCAGUCAGCAUCCCAGAGGCAAACAGGCAGAAGGGAGAGAGAUCCGUAAUGAGCAACCAAGAAAGGUCAGCAUCUGGGAGUUCAGAGGGGUUACCCCCAGUUCAGUGCACAAUUGUUUCCAGAUGCCUCCCCUGGGAUGGGAGGAGAGGAGUGGGCCAUGAAACCUGUUCUGCAGACAGAGAACACACACGUUGCAGAAGCCCAGUUUCCUGACUGAGGGGCUAGGGGCCAUCUCACUGUCACCCCUGCCUAUGGCUAAGAGCGUAAAGCAUGAAGGCAUUCCAGCAGCUCCUUGCCCACUUUGGAAGAGAAGCAUCUGUUGCCUUAGUGCGUCCUUUAAAAAAAAUUAUCUUCCAGUCUCCAUUAAUGUGUUUGCAGGGAAGACAAUGACGCGGAAAGCGCUGUGCAGUGCAAGAGGGGCUUUCAAGUGGGGAAGCUGGCCCAUUACUCCUUUCAGCUCCGCAAGACAGGAGUGCUCCAGACCAACUCAGUAGACCCAGUCCAGGGACCCCUUCGCUCCUCCCCAGCUCUUCACACACAUACAGAGCGACCAGUUCAUUUCUUCAUUUAACAUGCUAAUAGUAUAGCCGCUGCUUGGCUGCACAGAAAAAGGCACAUUCUGGUUUUAUGUUAAUUGAUUGGUAAGGCCAGUUAGGAGACAUUCCACCCCCCACCCCCAGCAGCACAUUCUUUUUUCUUUUCCUUCUUUGUUAUGACAGAAGAAAUAUGCAUCCCAGCAAAGGGGCUUCCAGAUUCCUGGAUGCAAGAUGCAUUUCCCCAUCUCUGGCACAACACAAACAGCUUUGAGUGAGGUGUUGGUGAGUGCAAUUCAUGCAGCUCUGAAAACAGACAGGGCAAACUGACCAAGUUUAAGUGAGUGACUGUGUUGUCACUCCAGUUAAAAGUUUAAUGGCCCAGAUAGCAUUCUGCCUGGCUAGUUGCCAAUAUAAGCCAGAGGAAGUUAACGCUCAGUAUUUUUCUUCCUUCCUUUUCAUGGUGCACAAAAGAAAAAAAAAAGAAGCAAAUACUUUGUACAUCCUCUGUUCUUAAAAAUUGCUUCUGGUCAGGAGGAAAAGGCACUCAUUUGGUUUUAGAAGUAUUUUGCUUUUCAGUCUUUUUUUUAAUCCUCUGUUGAGGAAAAUACUCUGCACAUGCUCAGAGGGCAUUUCAGCUUGCUGUGCUGAAAUUUUUGAAAAGAAAAAGGUGGCAAUCCUAGCCCUAAGUCUUAUAUGACUAAAAGAAUAGUGACAGAGGCCAAUAUUUUGCUACAGUGCUCGUGAAAAAUUGGGGCAUGGGUAUGGAGCAAACAUCUUGUAACUUCAUUCAAACUCAGCCCUCAUUCAGUUGUGUGAAUCAACUGUCAGUGACUGUAUAAUAGAGGGACUACUAGAGGGACUAACUGCUGUUAGGAAGCUGCAGGACAGGUUGCAAUAUUGUGUGUGCAAGGAUAGAAAAGGGUUAAUGGCUGUGCAGAGCUGUUCAAAAGAGGAGGACUUUUCGUGUUCACUUAGAAAGGGAGAAGCAAGUUAGAAGUAAGUUGUCAAAAAGAAGGAGGGAGAUAAAGUAUUACAAAGCAGAACAAUUUUGACUGUUGCGGAUGGUAAAUGUAUCUGUUCCCAGGGAGACGUGAGAAGAAUCGGUGGCUCUGGAUGCUCUGCAGUACAGCUGGCAGAGUUAUAACUUGUGUGAAUUACCCAGGACAUCCAAGAGCAGAUGUAAUACAUAGGCCAGAAAAAUCACAGAACUCAAGAGCAGCUUUCACAGCCUCAGAGGCAGAUUUCCUAGCAGUCUCUGAGGUUGCAAAACUGGCCAGCGGUCCACUGACAUAGCCUCUUGGUGAUGCAUCCUGUUUGCUUGCAUGAUGAGCCCCAUCUGGGCUGGAUUGCAUUAAGUGGAAAAAAAUAAGGGGUGAUUGGCCCCAAAGGGAAACAAAUCCGCUUCUGUGAAUAGAGCCCAGAGAUCAGGAUGAGUCACUCCUGGUCCCCUUUGCUGAAAGUGGAACAGCCAGGGAGGGGAGGGCUUCACUUGGCAAAAUGAAAAUUGAAAACGAGGACUAUGAGCUGAAGGUGGAGUUUGUGCUAGUUAUUAGGUAAAGAUUGGGGGUAGAAACAGUAACCAGGGCAGCAAGCCCCCAGCUCCUGUUAGUGGCAACAGGAGAAAAAAAAAUUAAAUGGACUGUUGGGCCAACAGCA